UAAAUUCUUUCCUACCAUUUCUUCGCGUUUUUGGAAAGUUAGUUCGUUUGCGGUGCGAAAAUUAUUGGUAUUUUAGUGAUUUUAGCUGAGAUUUUACCUACAAUUUUUCAUAAUGUUCAAGUCAUUCUUAGUUUGUUUAAUUUUACUGGCCACAUCAAAUAUUUGUCUCUCGGAUGAAGAGACCAGCGCCCGUUUGCUAGUUUCGAAACAAAUUCUAAACAAGUAUCUGGUGGAACAGAGUGAUCUGUUGGUGCGAUACACAAUCUACAACGUUGGCAAUGGCGCCGCCACCAAUGUAAAAUUGGUUGAUAGUGGUUUCCCCCCAGAAGCCUUCGAUCUAGUUGGAGGUCAACCUACAGCGACUGUCGAGCGUAUCGCUCCACAAGCCAACUACACCCAUGUUUUGGUGGUGCGUCCGAAAUCUUAUGGAUACUUUAAUUUUACUGCCGCUGAAGUUUCUUACAAACCUGUUGAGGAAGCUGAAAAGUUGCAAUUGGCAGUGAGCUCUGAACCUGGAGAGGGUGGUAUCAUCAAUCUUGGCGAAUUCAACAAACGCUUCUCAUCACACUUCUUUGAUUGGGUUGCUUUCGCUAUAAUGACAUUGCCGUCAUUGGCGAUUCCAUUGGCACUGUGGCAUUCCUCGAAGAGCAAGUAUGAACGCUAUGGCAAGAGCAAGAAGCACUAAAUGCCUGUUUUCGCAAUUUUUGUAUCAAAAUAGCUAGACACUAUUUCCAAACAAUAUAAGUCGCAAAGGACUUAUUUAUUAAUAUCGCCCUUUGUCUUAAAUUGCCUACUAGUUUCGUUAAUGCUCACAAUGUGUGCACCGCAAGUUUCCGUUUUUUUUUUUUUCGUUUUUCAUUCUUGUAUGAACGAACAUAUUUAGUUUAAAAUUACUUUAUUUUUUCAUCGAACGAAGGCUAGUAGAUUAAAAUUUGAUGGCGAAGCUUCAUGCUAGAAUCGUUUUAGAUUUAUUUGAAAUAGUCUACGAUUAUUGAUCGAAAGGGCGUAAUAUGACAAGGUCCAGACUUGUUUUCUAAUAAAAAAAAUAAAAACAGUA